UCCAUCAUUAGAAGCUCUGUGGUGGGCAUGUGGUUUUGUUAUUUUGUACGUAAAAUACUGUACUAAAAUGAAACAGAUAUGUAUUAACAGUAGGCAUUUCUGUUGAAUCACCUUACAAUUACCUUAAAAUGGGUAGAAGUGGCUUCAAUUGACGUUUGAAACUUUAAAAAAUUAUAUUUGAAGCCAUUAUCAUUGCAUAAUCUGACAUUUGAUUAUGUGAUUUUAUUAAGAGCACUUUUUUGUAAUUUUUUUUAUUUUUAUUUACAUGUCUUUUAUUUUGUCAUCCUGGUGAAGUGAGCGGAAGUGAGCAAAGUCGGAAGUAAGUUUGGAUCAUUUCCGUUGACGCGACUUCCGUUCCGCGAAACAGAAAAUUUGGCGGCUCAACUAAAAUGAAGAAUUCGUGCAAAUUUUGAAUUAAGUCGCUAUUUAUGCCGUUUCUUCGGGUUAAGAUGCGUAUCCGUGGAUAUGCGGCGCGUUUUACUUUUAUUUGUCCAGGCUGAUGCGUCUAUUCACGACAUUAUUAACGCUCUUACUGAACUGAUAAUAAAACAAACUCUUUUAAUGUCCCAAAACCUCUCUGUUAGCCGUGUAGACACGUCGAUAUUUUAGUUCAAAAAGCAGGCUAGUGCGUAAUCUAAUUCAAGAUGAAAAAGACCAAAAUGAAGAACAGGAUUCCUGCAGGGAAACCUGGAGGACAACAAAACAUUUCAGCAUUUUUUUCUUCAAAAGACCAGAAGGUCUCUCCGUCUCCCUUAAAACCAUACAACUCUGUCUGUGCAUUCGGGAAGGCCGGGCCCCAAAACCCACAUCAUAAAAGUUCCCUGCUGAGACGUCGUUCUCCAUCAAGGAGAAACAUGCCUGGAGAUCUUGAAAAUGUUCUUCCUUCCUCUCCAGACCUUCUGCUUUUGGUUCCUGAAACCCCCAAUAGUCAGAUCAGGUUUACAUGCUCCACUUCCCCCAAAGAGGAAAACCAGGAUCCCAGCAGAGAGGUGGCAAACCUCGGCCAGCUGUCUCCCAUUUGUCGCAGCCCCAGCUCUAAAAGUCAGAGAAUAAAGAGGUUGAGUAAUGAAAAGAGAGGAUCAACAAAGUUAGAUGGGAGAUUGUCUGGCUCUUUGAAGAGACUCUUCAAUCCUGGUGAGGACUCCUACAUGGCAAAGAAGGCAAGAAUGGUGAACGACUCAAUGCAAAAGUCUGCAGUCCAGGUCUCAGGUAGCACCCAGGAGGAGUUGCAGCCUUUUAGUAACUUUUUGAAGGUGCUCUCUGAUGAUAAAACCAACAAAUCCACUUUGCAGAUUAGUUCUGAUCGUCACAUGAAGGACCAGAGAAAACAUCAGGAGGAGCAGGGCAGGAAAGACUCUAGUUUUACUGUGAUAACAGAAAUGAAAGCAGCAGAGGGUCAAACCAAGAAAACCUUUCACUGUAGUGUGCAGAAUGCAUGCAUUCCUUUCUCUAGUGGGAAGGAAUCUUCGAGCAAAAUCCCAGUGAAGGAGGUUGAGCCAAAAGAAAAAUACACCACAACAACACAGGAGAUGGAUGAAGAUAAAAACAAGAAGUCAACACAUCAGGAACACGCUGGAGCUGCAGAUACAGCAUCAGCAUCUACCCAUCCUCCAGAGGAGGACUUUGAUGACAGCUGGUUUAUGGAACAGAUGGAUCAAAUGGACUGUGUGGAGGAUAAACCUAAAAAACCUCGUAAGGUACCAGACCACGUCAUCCUUUCCGGAGGUCCAAACAAUCGCUACUGGGUUGUGGAUGUCGAGGACGGUCCAGGCUACAAAAAGCUCAUCAUCACAUCUUCCAGGACGCAGCAUCCAACAGAGACGUGUUUGCUAAAAGAUGGAUGGGAGACGACGCCUGUGAGGCGUGGCGAUGUGGUGCAUCUGGAGGGUCGUUCGGACGCUGGGACCUGGUUAGUGGAGCGGGAUCAAGGCUUCCUGGUUUUGCAGCCUGACAGUCUUAUUUCAGGAACCAGCAUUUCCAACUCCAUCCGUUGCAUGAGGCGCGCAGUUCUGGGAGAAAUGUUCAAGAGUUUUGAUGGUGGCUCCAAGCAGAUGCUGAAUGGGACCAUGGUCCAUGAAGUCUUCCAGAGAGCAGCCAAAGCCAAGGAUUUUUCUUUGGAGAAACUAUCAAAGUUGGCAGAUGAGGCUCUGCACAGUCCUCGGUACUUGGGAGACAUGUAUACUCUGGGUGUGAGUCAGGAGGAGAUGAAGCAGGAACUGCUCGAUUAUCUGCCCUCACUGGAAAACUGGGCCGGCGAAUACCUCAGCUCCUCAAAGCCAAAGCCCAUCGGUCUCAAAAUUCUAAACUCCCGUCAAGCUCCAGGUGGGUGCCAGGACUCAAACGCCGUUGUCACGGUGACAGAGUUGGCAGAUAUCGAGGAGAACGUCUGGUCUCCGAGGUUUGGCCUCAAAGGGAAAAUUGACGUAACGGCUCGGGUUCAAAUCCAAAGACCACGAAGCAGCAGAAGUCCGGAAGAAAAGACGUUCCCCCUGGAGUUAAAAACUGGAAAGGAGUCCAACUCCAUUGAGCAUCGCAGUCAGGUGAUUUUGUACACGCUAAUGAGCAUGGAGAGAUACAACCCUGAAGCUGGUCUCCUGCUUUACCUGAAGACCGGCAGCAUGUAUCCUGUAGCACCCAGCCACAUGGACCGCAGAGAGCUUCUGAAGCUGAGAAACACUUUGGUUCAUCACCUUCACAGCAGUGUGGAGAAAGGGGCAGACCGGAGCAACCUCCAAAGACUUCCUGACAUCCUGUCGAACAGACAGACCUGCCAGUACUGCCCCCAGAAGCUCAACUGUGCUCUAUACGAGAGAGUACUGGAUCCCAGCUCUGCAGAUCUGCGCGACGAUGUUGUUCGUGACUUUCUGCAGCAGGAGUCCGGCCACCUGGCCCCGCAACACCUUAACUAUUUUUCUCACUGGCUGCUGCUCUGCCUUUUGGAAGCGGUCACCAUGGAAACGAAGAACACUCGGAAGCACAUCUGGCUUCAGUCGAUUGAGAGCAGUGAGAAGAAUGGGAGCUGCAUGGGGAAUCUGCAGCUUCAGGAUGCCGUCACAGCACAGGCAGAAGACGUCUUUCUGCAUCGGUUCCAGCGGACCAGAUCUGCUCCUUUACAGAGUGCAACCAACUGUGGACUGACCAGUGGAGAUCGGAUUGUAGUGAGCGACCAGGAUGGUCGCCUCGUCGGCUUGGCAACAGGGUACCUGUGUGAGGUGGACAAGACAUCAGUCAGUUGUAGGCUAAGCAGGUGAGAUCAAGUCCCUCUAAUACCCACGCCAGAAGAUGUGCUGUUUCGAUUGGAUGCUGAUGAAGGUGUGGUGGGGCUGAGCACUCACCUGACCAACCUCUCCAGACUGAUGGAAAACUGUCAGGACAGUGAACGUCUGAGGAAGCUGAUUGUGGACCUUCAUCCUCCAGAGUUCAUCUUUAACCUCAGUUCUGUUUUGCCCAGAGACGCCAAAGACACUGUGGCUGACAUCCUCAAAGGUCUCAACAAACCCCAGAAACAGGCCAUGAAGAAGGUGUUGCUAUCAAAGGACUACACACUUAUUGUUGGCAUGCCGGGCACAGGCAAAACCACAACCAUCUGCACCCUGGUCCGAAUCCUGAUAGCUUGUGGCUUCAGUGUGUUGCUGACCAGCUACACUCACUCUGCUGUGGACAACAUCCUCCUGAAGCUCAAACGCUUCCGGGUUGGCUUUCUGCGCCUCGGACAAGGCCAAAAGGUUCAUCCUGACAUUCUGCCGUACACAGAGGAGAACGUAAGGAAGAAGGGGGUUCUCACUCUCCUGGAGCUGGAGGAGCUCUAUAACAAAGAGCUCGUGGUAGCAACCACCUGUAUGGGCAUCAAGCAUCCAAUCUUCACGCGUCGCCGUUUUGACUUCUGCAUCGUAGAUGAAGCAUCGCAGAUCAGCCAGCCGAUCUGCCUGGGACCCCUGUUCUACGUCCACAGAUUUGUGCUGGUUGGAGACCAUCAGCAGCUGCCACCGAUAGUCCAGAACCACGAAGCUCGAUCUCUGGGGAUGGAUGAAAGUCUAUUUAAGCGACUGGAGGUCCAUAGUGAGGCAGUGGUGCAGCUCAACGUACAGUACCGCAUGAACAGGCAGAUCAUGUCUCUGAGUAACUCUUUGAUGUACGACGGGCGUCUGGAGUGUGGAUCGGAGAGGACGGCCACAGCUCUGCUCACGCUGCCCCUCCUGGCCUCCGUUCAGUCAGAGCUUCGCUCACACUCCGAGACUCACCCACAGCACGACUUGUCCUGGGUGCAGUCCGCUCUGCUGCCCGCCAACCCCGUCUGCUUCUUAGACUGCUCAUCGGUUCCUGCGCUGGAGUCAGUGGAGCAGGGAGGUGUGAGCAACCACACCGAAGCUGCCCUCAUUCACAUGCUGCUGUCUCUUCUAAUCAAGGCAGGAUGCAGGCCCAGUGACGUGGGUGUCAUAGCGCCUUACAGGCAACAGCUAAAGACGAUCUGGGCUCUUCUCCAGUCUCCCUCUUUCAGCGGCGUGGAGGUGAACACUGUGGACAAAUACCAGGGCCGGGACAAAAGUCUGAUUGUUUUGUCUUUUGUCAGGAGCAACACAGAGGAAGGACACUUAGGAGAACUGUUAAAGGACUGGCGGCGCCUCAAUGUGGCCAUCACCAGGGCGAAACACAAACUCCUGAUGGUGGGCUCUGCUGUGACGCUGCGACGCUUUCCACCAGUGGAGAAACUCCUCAACCAUCUUCAGCAGGAGAACAUGGUCAUCCAGCUUCCACCGGCUGCUCACAAGACUUUAUCCAGCAUGGUUCUGUGACUGCAGACUCACAGCUUCAGUCAUCAGUGGAGGAAACAGUGAUAACACUUUAGUGGAACAUUUUUAGCUGAAUAAUUUCAAAUGACCAUAUAGAAAUAUGGGCAAUUUGUUAGAUAAACUAAGUCAUAGGGGUGAGGGUAACUCCUAUUUUGACUUAAAUUUUAAGUUUACAAUAAUCCUGUAUGUUUGUGUCAGGUGUAAAAAUCUAAAAAUGUCUCUAAAUUAAAAGAUUGAUAAAAAAUGUAUAAUACAAAACAACAUUCUAAGGUACAAAAACCAAACCAACUAACCUCAUUCACAGCUGUUUUUUCUUCAAAUACCUCCAUCAGUACAGUGAUUCCAAACAAUUAUUUUAAACUAUUUCUUCUCUGCAGCUUUUUUUUGUUUGUUUUAAUCUUGUUUCUCAAGUACUUGAAUCUGUUUACACUGGACAUGUUUUAACCUCAUUUCACCUGAAGAAAAAAAACUGUCAAAUAAGCUCAAAAAUGUCUCAGAGAAAUGAUUUUAUUAAUGAAUAAAGGAGUUAACAGCUCAGUUUCUACACUUGAAA